UCACUCGACCCAGCGUCGGAUCCUCAAUCGCUUGCCCGGACAAAAGUCGUGAGGCUGCAAAUUCUCUCUGCUUCCAACAUCAUCAUCAUCAUCAGCCUCGGUAUUCUUCGUCAUCCUUUGCCGACAACUCCGUGCAGAGGCGCAAAUGUCGUCCACUCUCUUCGGGUCAUUGGAGGACGUCGGAUAUCGCCCCGCACCGGUUCUCGACACGUGCGCCCAGCUCUCGCUGCACGGCGCACGCAUUCCCGACCGGGUUGCCACGUUGCCAGCAAUCGGCAACACCAUCACCCGCAACUUCAGUUGCACCGACACCGGCGGCGGCAGCAGCAGAAGCAACAUCGGCUGCAGCAGCAGCAACUUUAGCUUCGACAACAUGGGCUGCGGUAGCAGCAGCAAAUUUCGCUUCGGCAACAUCGGCUGCAGUAGCAGCAGCAGCAACGUUCGCUUCGGCAACAUCGACUGCAGUAGCAGCAGCAGCAACUUUCGCGUCGGCAACAUCGGCUGCAGUAGCAGCAGCAGCAGCGACUUAUUCCCAAGCAGCAGCAGCAUCAUCGGCUGCAGGAGCAGCAACUUCAUCGCCGGCAACAGUAGCGCCGAAUUAUUCGCGAGCAACAGCAAAAUCGGCUGCAGUAGUCGCAGCGGCAGCAGCAGCAGCAUCUUAGCAAGCAACAUCGGCCUCGGCAAUAACAGCAGCAGCAACAGUCGAAUUGUCCCGAGCACAAGCAGCAGCAGCACCACCAGCACCAGCCCGGCUGUGUCCCGCCGUCGUUCCGUGGAACCCGGCGGGGUGACGGCGCGCGCCUUCAGGGGCUCCGCGAGGCGACUGCGCUCCUGGAUCGUGGAGCAGAUCGACAGUCAGCGCUACCCGGGACUCGCGUGGGAAGACACAGAGCGGAGGACAUUCCGGGUGCCGUGGAAACACGCGGCCAAGCACGACUACAACUUGGAUGGCGACUCGGCGCUCUUCAAGGCGUGGGCCGUGUUCCGCCGGAAGCACCACGAGGGGGUCGACGAGCCGGACCCGGCGGGCUGGAAGACGCGGCUGCGCUGCGCCCUCAGCAAGAGCCCCGACUUUGCCGAGGUGGUGGAGCGGCGGCACACCGGCGGUGCUCGGCCCUACAAGGUCUACCGCCUGCUGCCCGACGAGACCGCCGCCGGCAUCAGCGGCCCCCCCACGCACCUCACCGGGGCCUCCUCCUCCCCCAGGGGUCAGAACAACCGCGUCAGGAAUGAGCGAGGUGCAAGCGGGGUGACAGAUCUGCCGGCGGAGAGCUCGGAGAAACGCCCGCCACCUUCACCGUACCCAACCAUCAUCCCACCACUCGCCAGAACCGCAGAGGCUCCUCUACCCCAAGCAUGGCGGCCCAUCCUUGAACAAGAUGACCUCUGCAAAGCUGAGGUCAGUGGCUUCACCCGCCCGAUCACAUUCCCAUCGCUGCCUUUUCCCUGCUCCGGCGAGCCGCUCGAGCUGGACGUGACGUUCUUCGUGCUGGGGGAGCGCGUGGGCCCGGCGCGCCGCGUGCGCAACGGCCUCGGCUGCCGCGUGGCGCAAGGGCAGCCGCCGGUGCACGACGAGGCGGUGUUCGGCUCGCGCGACCUCGAGCAGCUGCCCUUCCCUGACGUGGAGGCGGCGCUGAGCUGCCCGCUCCAGAGGAGCGCCUGCGCGCCUUUCCUGUCGCACCUCGAGCGGGGUCUCGUGCUGGAGGCGAGGGCCGAGGGCGUGCGGGCGAGGCGGCUGUGCGCCGCCAGGGUGUUCUGGACGGGGCCGCAGGUGGCGGAGGCGCAGGGCCGCCGGCCCAAUAAGCUGGACCGCGGCGUCAGCGUGCAGGUGUUCUCGACGCAGCGCUUCUGCAAAGAGCUGGAGGCGUACGCGCGUGGAGAGGGGCCAGUACCUCUGUUUGAGAGCAUCUUCUGCUUUGGUGAGGAGUACCCGGACUCCGGAAAGCGGAGGAAGCUCCUCACAGUGCACGUGGAGCCUGUGUUCGCGCGCCGGUGCUGCGAGCUGCUGGAGGACAACUGGCAGGCGUCUCCCGGCAGCUUCCAGCUCUCGAGCGCCGACAGCGAAGACGAACUCGCCAACAUCUUCAAGACGUUGCAGAAGUUGUGCUGAGA